CAUAUCAAAACUCGCUUUUUGCCGGAUCAAGUAGUAGUAGAGUAAGAGUGUUAGUUGGCUUCUAAUCAGUAGCCACUGAUAACUCAAAAUCUGCAGUUAUGAGGUUAGGUAGGAAAGCUGUGGAAACUAGGAGGCAGUGGCAACAAGUAAAGGUGAUAUUGGUGGAAUUAUGGAAAGUCGUGAAGGAGAUCCUUCUAAACCUGAGGAGCAGUUCUCAGACAGGAAUCAGCACAAUUAUGGAAGCUAUGGAAAUCUUGUUUUACAAAAUGGCUUAUCUCAUGACAACCAUUUUCAAGUUGAUCCUGAUGAUCAGCUUCUACAAUUGGCUUUUGAACUUAGAUUUCAGAAUGAUUUUUUGAAGUCUCAGUUUGAGGGCUUUAACAGUCUCAACAGUGUACAUAGUGACUCUAGUGUGGGGGAAAAAGUCAGUGGCCCAGAAGAAGUUAAAUCUGAUGUCAUUGAAGAACUGCAGGGAAGGAUACAAGCAUUAAAUAAAGAACUUACAGAUGAAAAGCAUACGAGAGGUGCAGCUGAAGAGGCUCUAAAGCAUCUUCAAUUGGCAUACUCAGAUGCGGAUGCAAAAGCUCAAGAACUGUCUGAAAAGCUUGCUGAAGCUGAAAAGAAGCUGGAUCAAGAAAUAAAAGAGCGGGAAGAAAAGUAUACUGAACUUGAUACAAAGUUUAACAGGCUUCACAAACGAGCAAAGCAGCGGAUUCAGGAGGUUCAGAAGGAAAAAGAUGAUCUUGAGGUCCAAUUGCGUGAGGUGAAUGAAAAGGCUGAGCAAGCAUCAUCCCAGCAAUCAUCAUUGCAGCAAGAGAUAGAGCGCACAAGGCAGCAAGCAAAUGAGGCAUUGAAGGCCAUGGAUGGGGACAGACAGCAACUAAGAAGUGCAAAUAACAAACUUCGUGAUACCAUUGAGGAUUUGAGGCGUUCAUUGCAACCAAAGGAGAGUGCCCUUGAAGCAUUGCAACAGUCACUUGCAGAAAAGGAACAGAUGAUAGAAGAUAUGAGAGGUUUGCUUCAGGCAGCUGAUGAAAAGAAGCAAGCUGCACUGGCUGAGCUUUCAGCUAAACAUCAGAAGAGUACGGAGAGUUUGGAAGCUCAACUUAAUGAUGCUAUAUCUGAUAGAAAUAAAGCAGCUGAAACUAUUUCCUCACUGCAGAUGCUAGUUGCAGAGAAAGAAUCUAAGAUUGCUGAGAUGGAGGCAGCAUCAACUGGGGAAGCUGCACGAUUCAGAGCAGCUGUUGAAAGUGUGAAGGGGGAGCUCUCUCACUUGAAACAGGAGCAUGAGAAAGAAAAGGAAAGUUGGGCAACUGCAGCUCAGGCACUUAAGGCAAAACUGGAAAUUGCGGAGAGCAACUGCAUACAUGCUGAAAUUGAAGUAGCAAAAAUGAGAAGCCAGCUUGAAUCGGAAGUAUCUGCACAAACCAGGAUUCUCAAUAUGAGAGAUGCAGAAUUGUUGUCUGCCAAGGAAGAGAUCAGCCGCCUUGAGAAUGAAUUUUCUUCCUACAAAGUCCGUGCUCACUCACUUCUUCAGAAGAAGGAUGCAGAACUGGCAGCAGCCAAAGACUCUGAGCAACUCAAAGCUCUUGAGGAAGCUUUAAAAGAGGCUGAAAAUGAAGUAUUAUCAAUAACAGAAGAAAGGGACAGAGCUCUUCAAGAUCUUCACGAUGCAACAAAAAUUCAUGAGAAAGAACUCACAGAAAGAGACGCAGCACUUGAAAAUUUCAAGGAGCAAAUGAAGAGUUUAGAAAUGAAAUUUGAUUCUGUUAAUGCUCAGCACCUAAAAGAGAAAGAAGCAUGGGGACUCAGCCUUCAAAAUGUUGAAGAAACAUGGCGAAUUAAAUACGAGGCCAUGAAGGGUGAAACUGAAGGAUUUUCGGCACAUGAUAUACAACUACGAAAGGAACUCGAAGAGCUGAAACAAAAGUACAAAAAAUUGAAGGAAGAGCAUGAUUCUUUUCGUGAUCUUGCUGAUAGAAUGAUUCAGGAGAAAGACAAUGAAAUAUCUAGACUUUUAGAUGACAACAAUAAUUUUCAUCAGUCCCAGAAAUCAAGCUCAUCUGUGGAUCAGCAUGAUUAUUAUAGCUCAGCCUUGCAUAAUGGGGAUUUGCUGAACCUAAGCCCCUCAUCUGCAGAACAGCAAAUUCUGCUUCUGGCUAGACAACAAGCCCAAAGAGAGGAAGAGCUGGCACGAUCACAGCGGCAUAUCUUGGCUCUUCAAGAAGAAAUUGAAGAACUUGAACGUGAAAAUCGUCUCCAUAGCCAACAGGAAGCAAUGUUAAAGGCAGAGCUACGUAACACGGAAAGAUCAAAAAAGAGGGAAGGAGUAGAUAUGACCUAUUUGAAAAAUGUCAUUUUAAAGCUUCUUGAGACAGGUGAAGUGGAGGCGCUACUGCCAGUCAUUGCAAUGCUGCUUCAGUUUAGUCCAGAAGAGAUGCAGAAGUGUCAACAAGCAUAUCGCAGCUCAACAGAAGUUCCACCAAGUCCAGGAAGUGAUUCUUCGGGAUCUGGCCUAUCUCUUUUCUCAAGAUUCUCAUUUUCAUAGGGCAUAAGUGGGAAUGCGAGGGAGUGCUUUGUUGUUGCCCUAAGAAUGUCUGCCUCUGCCAUGCAGCUGGAGCAGUAUUAGUUUGCGUUACUCGCGGUUUCAGAGAAAGCAGGUUUGACUCUGUAAAUCGUUAUUUUUAAGUACAACCGUCAAUUUUUUUGUAAAGAUGCUCAAAAAUUGGAAGCUGUGAACGAAAAACAUCGAAGAUAACAUAAUAUACUAUAUACUACACAUAUCACAACAAUGAAGAGGAAGCACUCGCGGGGAGGUUCAUUCCGGCGAGGCGGUGACUGCCGAGGGAGCAAACUUUUAGAAUUUAAUUCUCGCCGUUGAGUCGAAAAGACUAACGGGCAAGUUUUUGAUAUUUUUUUGUAUUUGUCAUCGAUCGAGGGCUCUCAGUGUAACGUGUACCCAUGCAAAUAUAAGGAAUUGAGUUCAUGAUUUUCUUGUUUUUAAUGGUGGCCGUGAAAUUUUUUUCUCCUCAAUUGAAAUAAAUGAUGGUCGCUGCAUGGUAAUUGGCCGCGGCUUGUAUGUUAUGCUGCCUCUGGUUAUUGCUGGAUGCCGUUUUGAUCAUUUUAGGUUUUAGGACAAAGGGCAAUUGAGAACCUUGUAAUGUAAAAUUAAAACCUAUUUAUUAUUCAA